UCCCCACUCUGUCUCUGGUGGAGCAGUUGGCGAAGACCUCGGGGUCGAAUUGCGAACAUUCAUCCGGAGAGGCAGUGGAGGGUCCCAGCCUCACCUUCCUGGCUGCGCCCCGAUGCUGUGCACCCUGAACCGCACCCAGCGCCUGCUGCGCCUCUGGGAGCCCCUUCCAGCCCAUGGCUGCGCGUCGCACUCGACGAAAGCGGACCGCGAGAUCCAAGUGCGCGCCCUGACGGGUCCCGACCAAGGAAUCACUGAGAUUCUGAUGAACAGACCAAGAGCCCGAAAUGCCCUGGGGAAUGUCUUUGUCAGCGAGCUGCUAGAAGCUUUGGCCCAGCUGCGGGAGGACCAGCAAGUGCGUGUCCUGCUCUUCAGAAGUGCAGUGAAGGGCGUGUUCUGUGCAGGUGCAGACCUGAAGGAGCGGGAGCAGAUGAGUGAGACCGAGGUGGGGGUCUUUGUCCAGAGGCUCCGAGGCCUGAUGAAUGAGAUCGCAGCCUUUCCUGCACCCACCAUUGCAGCUAUGGAUGGAUUUGCCUUGGGUGGAGGCCUGGAACUUGCCUUGGCCUGUGACCUCCGAGUAGCAGCAGCUUCCUCGGCUGUCAUGGGACUGAUUGAGACCACCCGAGGGCUCCUCCCGGGAGCAGGAGGGACUCAGAGAUUGCCUCGAUGCCUGGGGGUGGCCCUGGCAAAGGAGCUCAUCUUCACGGGCCGACGACUGAGUGGGAUGCAAGCCCAGGCACUGGGGCUGGUGAAUCAUGCUGUGCCCCAGAAUGAGGAGGGCAAUGCUGCCUACCAUCGGGCACGAGCACUGGCCCAGGAGAUCCUGCCCCAGGCCCCCAUUGCUGUGAGGCUUGGCAAAGUAGCGAUUGACCAAGGAAUGGAGGUGGAUAUCGCCUCGGGGAUGGUCAUUGAAGGGUUAUGCUAUGCCCAGAAUAUCCCCACCCAGGACCGACUGGAGGGCAUGGCAGCCUUCAGAGAGAAGCGGCCUCCCAAAUUUGUUGGCAAGUGACUCCCAUUUAACCUUAGGCAUGGGAAAUACAGGUCUUAGUGGCCAGGAUUCAAAAGGGAAAUUAACAGUGCGACUAUCCGCAUCAUUUCACCUCUUUGGGCUCUAGUUUCCUCACAAGGACAAUGACGAACAUAUACUGAUUAGUGUGGAGCCUGCUAUUAAAGUGCUGACUAUGCCAUCCACUUGCUACCUUCAUUACUCCUCCUAGCCAGAAUCUAGCCCCUGAGGUUGGGUUGGCUCUGCUUGUUCCCAUUUGAAUAAUAAACCAAGGAAUAAAAUCAUCCCCCACUGUGGGGAUUGCAAACUUUUGGCUCUCAAGCUUGAUUUAUGCCUGUGGUUGUCAAUGCUCACCAGAGAUGGCAAGAUGUUAUAACCACCCCCAGUUUCUUCGUUUUCUGAGCCCAGGCCUGUCCUAUGUCACCAAACCAUGAUGGACACAACCAAUAAAAUUUUUGAUUUACUGUUAAAUACAAAUGUGUCCCAAGGUAGUGAUCAUUUCUCAAAAGGGAGAGUAACACAAGAGCUGAAAAAUCAGCACCCACCACAUGAGCUGUAACUACUCAAGAAAGUUACAACUUUACUGAACUUCCCUUUUCUCAUCUGUUAAAAAUGGGGAGGAUAAAACUUACUACCCCCAGAGGAUUGCUGUGAAUGAGACAAAACUUGGAGGGGCACCAAGACUCUAGUUCUCAAAGAUACCAGUUCCCAGCAUAUCCACACAUUAGCAAAAGCUAGCAACUGGUAACAGGUUGUUCCAAAGUUUUGGGAGCCAGGUCAAGAAGAAUUCCUUUUGGAAUUCUGAAGAGUGAAUAAGAGAAAAUACAGUAGUUUAGGACUAUAGAAGGAAGUAGGUUACAAAUUCUCCUUAUCCAGUGGGAUAAUAGUGAGCAAUGUGGACUGCAGUUAAGAAUAAGAAUGAGGGCCUCCCCCUUCGUGGCGCAGGCGGUUGAGCGCCGCACUAUGAAGCUGUCCAGUCUCUGCAGCACUGGUUCAAUCCCAGCCAGCCAGCGAGGGUCCCACAUGGUGCAGCAGACCUCUCCUAUUAUACCCGCUGC